AUGGCGAGCUUAUCCCGCCAACAAUCUAAACUGCCAAACCGCGGAGGCGGAAGCGGCGGCGGUGCUAACAAUGGUAAUAAUUCACAAGGUGGCGGAAGCACUCGGAGCUCAAGUGGACAAACUGUGAAAUUUGCCCGGAGAACGUCGAGCGGGCGAUACGUGAGCCUUUCCAGAGAUGAUCUGGACAUGUCGGGAGAAUUCUCGGCGGAUUACAUGAAUUACACCGUUCAUAUUCCUCCGACUCCGGACAACCAACCAAUGGACACCGCCGGGACGGCCUCCGUGGCUGCCAAAGCCGAGGAACAAUAUGUUUCCAAUUCACUCUUCACCGGAGGAUUCAACAGUGUCACCAGGGCUCACCUGAUGGAUAAGGUGAUUGAAUCGGAGGUUACCCACCCUCAAAUGGCUGGAUCCAAAGGGUCUCAAUGUUCCAUGCCCAAUUGUGAUGGCAAAAUCAUGAAAGACGAAAGAGGAAAAGACGUGACUCCCUGUGAAUGCAGGUUCAAGAUAUGUAGGGAUUGCUAUAUGGAUGCGCAGAAAGAAACAGGGCUUUGUCCUGGAUGCAAGGAGACAUACAGAGUAGGGGAUUUUGACGACGACGUGCCGGAUUUUUCCGGCGGGGCGUUGUCAUUGCCAGGUCCAGAUGACCCGAAAGGGGAUCGUCGAAUGUCAAUGAUGAAAAGGAAUCAAAACGGAGAGUUUGAUCACAACAAAUGGCUGUUCGAGACACAGGGUACGUAUGGAUAUGGUAACGCGUACUGGCCUGAUGAAGGAGGAUAUGGAGGUGACCCUAAUGAUGGGAUGCAGAGAGGCAUGAUUGAUCCUACAGACAAGCCUUGGAGACCUCUAAGUCGAAAGUUGCCAAUUCCACAAGCCAUCAUUAGCCCUUAUAGGUUGUUAAUUUUUGUUCGGCUCGUGGUAUUAUCUUUUUUCCUGACCUGGAGGCUGAGACAUCCGAACGAUGAUGCAAUAUGGUUGUGGUUAAUGUCGGUGAUCUGCGAAGUGUGGUUCGCUUUCUCCUGGAUUCUGGAUCAGGUUCCCAAAUUCUGCCCCGUGAAUCGUUCCACAGACCUUGAAGUUCUCCGGGAGAAGUUUGAUAUGCCGUCACCAUCUAAUCCAACAGGCCGGUCCGAUCUACCGGGUACGGAUUUCUUCGUGUCCACAGCUGAUCCUGAGAAGGAGCCGCCACUGGUCACUGCCAAUACAAUCUUAUCUAUCCUGGCUGUUGAUUAUCCCGUGGAGAAGCUUGCUUGUUAUGUCUCAGAUGAUGGCGGUGCACUUCUCACUUUCGAAGCUAUGGCCGAGGCGGCGAGCUUUGCUGAUUUAUGGGUUCCGUUCUGCAGGAAACAUGAGAUUGAGCCUAGGAAUCCUGAAUCCUAUUUCGCCUUAAAGGGUGAUCCAACUAAGAACAAGAAGAGGACUGAUUUUGUCAAAGAUAGACGGAUGGUUAAGAGAGAAUAUGAUGAAUUUAAAGUGAGGAUCAACGGGUUACUUGAUUCCAUUCGGAGGCGUUCGGACGCUUUCAAUGCUAGAGAGGAAAUGAAGAUGAUUAAACACUUAAGAGAGAGUGGAACUGAUCCUUUGGAGCCUGUCAAGGUUCCAAAGGCCACUUGGAUGGCUGACGGAACCCAUUGGCCCGGUGCUUGGGCUGUUUCCAGCAGUGAUCAUGCUAAAGGUGAUCAUGCCGGAAUUCUGCAGGUAAUGUUGAAGCCACCAAGCCCUGACCCAUUAAUGGGAGCUCAUGAAGAUAAAAUCAUUGAUUUUUCAGAUGUGGACAUUCGUUUGCCAAUGUUUGUGUACAUGUCCAGGGAGAAACGACCUGGGUAUGAUCAUAACAAGAAGGCUGGUGCCAUGAACGCUUUGGUUCGAGCAUCGGCUAUACUCUCCAAUGGAGCCUUCAUUCUCAAUCUGGAUUGUGACCAUUACAUCUAUAAUUGCAAAGCUGUUCGAGAAGGAAUGUGUUUCAUGAUGGACAGAGGAGGCGAAGACAUUUGCUAUAUCCAAUUUCCUCAAAGAUUUGAAGGCAUCGAUCCAUCUGAUCGAUAUGCAAAUCAUAAUACUGUAUUUUUUGAUGGCAACAUGCGUGCACUUGAUGGAAUACAGGGACCAGUUUAUGUGGGAACAGGUUGCAUGUUUAGGAGGUUUGCGCUCUAUGGUUUUGAUCCUCCACAAGAAUACAGCAAAAUCGAGCAAAAAGGAAGUGAAACUCAAGCCUUGAAGGCUUCUGAUUUCGAUCCUGAUCUUGAUAUCAACCUGUUAGCAAAGCGUUUUGGGAAUUCAACCAUGCUUGCUGAAUCUAUACCUGUAGCUGAGUUCCAGGGCCGACCAAUUGCUGAUCAUCCUGCUGUUAAAUUUGGAAGACCGCCUGGUGCUCUAAGAGUUCCACGAGAACCCCUUGAUGCUGCCACCGUUGCUGAAGCUGUGUCUGUGAUCUCAUGCUGGUAUGAAGACAAGACCGAAUGGGGCGAUCGAGUUGGUUGGAUUUACGGUUCAGUCACAGAAGAUGUGGUGACGGGUUACAGGAUGCAUAAUCGCGGCUGGCGAUCUGUCUACUGCAUCACUAAACGCGAUUCAUUUCGUGGAUCAGCUCCUAUCAAUCUUACUGACAGGCUUCAUCAGGUCCUGAGAUGGGCAACAGGCUCAGUGGAGAUUUUCUUCUCCAGAAACAAUGCGUUUCUCGCAUCUCGAAAAUUGAAAUUACUCCAGCGCUUAGCCUAUCUCAAUGUCGGCAUCUAUCCUUUCACUUCUCUGUUCCUCAUUGUCUACUGUUUCCUCCCAGCACUUUCCCUCUUAUCAGGCAACUUCAUCGUGAAAGAUUUAAAUGUGGCUUUCCUUUUUUACUUGCUCACUAUCACAGUCUGCCUGAUUUCAUUAGCCAUUCUGGAAGUGAAAUGGUCAGGCAUUGGAUUAGAAGAAUGGUGGAGGAAUGAACAAUUUUGGCUCAUUUCUGGAACUAGUGCUCACUUAGCUGCAGUGUUGCAAGGUCUUCUGAAAGUGAUUGCUGGGAUUGAGAUUUCUUUCACCCUCACUUCCAAGUCUGCUGGAGAUGAUGUUGACGAUAUUUACGCGGAUUUAUACCUGGUUAAAUGGACAUCUCUGAUGCUCCCACCCAUUAUUAUUGGAAUGGUGAACAUAAUCUCAAUAAUAGUUGCAUUUUCAAGGACAAUUUAUAGCUCUACACCACAAUGGAGCAAGUUCAUGGGUGGAGCCUUCUUCAGUUUUUGGGUUCUGGCUCAUUUGUAUCCUUUUGCCAAAGGUUUGAUGGGAAGGAGAAGAAAAACACCAACCAUUGUGUUUGUGUGGUCAGGACUCAUUGCCAUUACAAUCUCUUUACUUUGGGUUUCUAUAAGUCCACCCAGAACCAACUCAACAGAACCAGGUACCGGCGGCGGCGGCGGUGGCUUUCAAUUCCCAUAAAUCAAUCCCCUGUCCACAGAUGAGAUAAUCAUAUCAAAUCUGGAAUUUUGCAAACUUGAAGCAACUUCCGGAUCAGCUUCAAAAUGUAUAACUCUAAUCAGUCUCAUUUUGGAAACAUUGCUUUUUUCCUUUCUUGCUUCAGUUGAGAUUCAUGGCUAAUGUUAGAGGAGUUCUUACACACAUAUGAAAGCAAAUUUGUGUGCUCUGAUUGGAUAGAGUUCAUGAAGAUUCACAAAGAAAAGUAUGCAUGCAAAUGUCGGACCAAGGGAGGAAAGGGAUUAGCUUUGUUGAAUUAGAAGAGCAUGUAGUUUGAAGAGAUUUUCGUGAGCGCGGGAAAGAAAUGGCAGAAUGAAGAUUAGAAAUUGACAUUUAUAAGAUGCCGGCUAAUCAGGGAAACUAGUUCCCUUUGUUUUGUUUUGUUUUUUUUUUCUUUUGAUAAUUGUAAUCAGAUAUUCCAACCAAAUGAAAGUUGUGUUUGUGCUUUA